AUGGAACUUUUAAAAGGUUAUACUAGGAGUAAUGGUCCUCCUAGAUGUAUGGUGCAACUAGAUCUCCAAAAAGCUUAUGACAUGGUGGAUUGGGGCGCGCUUGAAAAUAUUCUGAAUGAAGUAGGAUUACCUACGAGAUUUGUUGAUUGGAUUAUGACCACUGUGACUACAGUUUCUUACCGAUUUAAUAUUAAUGGGAAGUAUACGGAUAAGAUCGAAGCUAGAAGAGGUAUUAGGCAAGGGGAUCCAUUAUCCCCUCUCCUUUUUGUAAUUAUUAUGGAAUAUCUUAGUAGAUUGCUAGGAGAUUAUGGGUCCAUGGAUAUCCUGCAUUUAAUUGUGAACAAGUUUCUGGAGUCUACAGGUUUGAAAAUAAACCCUUCCAAAAGUAGGGUGUAUUUUAGUAAUGUCUCUGCUAAUGUCAAGUGUGACAUCCUUCAGCUAACUUCCUACCAAGAAGGAACCUUCCCCUUUAGAUACCUUGGGAUUCAGGUGACUAGUAAGCGACUUGCUAUUAUCCAUUACAUGCCGUUGUUAGACAGAUUAUUAAGUAGAAUAACUCAUUGGAGCUCUCGACUGUUGAGUUAUGCAGGCAGGCUACAACUUAUCAAGAGUGUACUCUGUGCCAUCACUACCUACUGGAUGCAAUGUAUCUGGUUUCCAAAAACUGUGAUUAAUAGGAUCAAUGCAAUAUGCAGGUCUUUUCUGUGGACAGGGGGUACUACUAUCAGUAGGAAGAGUCCAGUGGCGUGGGAUAAUGUUUGUAAACCACAUGUGAAAGGCGGACUAAAUGUGAUGAAUUUGGAAAUAUGGAAUAGAAUGUUUAUGAUAAAACUGCUCUGGAAUAUCUUUGCGAAAUCUGAUGAUCUAUGGGUACGAUGGAUACAUGCUUACUACUUAAGACACGAGGGUAUACUGACCAGAACUGCUAAGGCCUCAGACUCUGGAAUCUUCAAAACUAUUCUUCUACAAAGGGACAAUCUAGUAAAUAUACAGAAUACUUGGAAUGAAAUACUGCAAACAGGUAAAUUCCUUGGGAGAAAAGUAUAUCAAAGUCUUCUACCUAUUACUCCUAAUGUUACAUGGGCUAAACUUAUUCUUCACAAUAGAGCCAGACCCCGGGAAAUUAUUACUCUAUGGAUGAUCUGCCAUGACAAGCUACCUACCAAGGCUAGACUCCUCAGACUGGGUAUGCUCCAGAAUAACAAAUGUGGGUUCUGCAAUGAAGAGGAAACCAUUGAUCAUUUAUUUUUCUGUUGUUUCAAAUUGAAGCAAAUAUGGAGUGGUGUUCUUCAAUGGAUGGGCAUUCAACGCAUCCCAACAAGAUGGAAAGAGGAAAUGCAAUGGGCUCUGAUAAAUUAUGGUGGGAAAGGCUGGAAAUUUGAUUUAUUUAGGCUUGCACUCGCGGAAACUCUUCACGAGCUCUGGAUGUAUCGGAAUGAUUCCUGUUUUAAUCAAAGAACAGAUAAUAGGAAUUGCCUAGAUAGUAUUAUAAACAACAUAAUAUAUAGAGGGUGGACUAGUCCUAAGCUUAGACCACAAAUAGCUAGGCUUCUUUUACCUUAA